GUUACCGGGCCUUCGCUGCGAAGAGCCGGCCUCUGGAGCGGUUUAUCGGGAUGUUCGGGGACUCGGAAGCCAGCGGGGUUGAUGUGGAGUCGGUGUGGAGGAAGGGCUGGGGGGCCCGCUGCGAGGAGAGGAGCACCCAGACAGGGGUGAUCUCCACGGGAGAAGCCCAGACCCAGUCCUGCUGCUUCCAAGAUGCUGGCGUGCAGACAGAUGCGAGUGGAGAGAGACUCCAGGCCGUGGGGCUCCAGACACCAGCAGCUGUGGAUUAUGCUGGCCUGCUCUCCUUCCUGCAGAAUGUGGAAGAGGUUGUCAUCAGGGAGCUCAACAAGAACUGGAAAAGCCAUGCCUUUGACGGCUUCGAAGUGAAUUGGAUGGAGCAGAACGAAACGGUGUCUUGCCUGCACAGUCUAGCAUAUCCGGAGGCUCAAGAACAGAAGCUCCAAGUCACCAGCGUUUCCUGGAAUGCCACUGGGUCAGUCAUUGCAUGUUCGUAUGGCAGAAUGGAAGACGGUGAUUGGAGCACUGAGAAAUCGUACGUCUGCACCUGGAAUCUCGAUCGCAGGGGGCUGAACCCAAAUCGGCCUGAUCUUGUGGUGGAAAUCCCCAGUUCUGUGAUGUGCCUGGCUUUCCAUCCACUGCAGCCUUCACUGGUAGCCGGAGGUCUUUUCACUGGGGAGGUCCUGGUAUGGGACACCAGCAGGAUAGAAGACCCGUUGGUCUGGAGGACGGGCAUGACAGAUGACACUCACACUGAUCCAGUUUAUCAGGUUGGCUGGAUACAGGGCUCCAAGCACGGCCACCCCUUCCACGUUUUGAGUGUGUCCACAGAUGGGAAAAUCUUGGUGUGGCAGGAGGAGAGAGACGGCCUGCUUAAGAUCACGGAUGGCUUUUCCUUGGUGUGUCAGCAAAUCCCCAGGAGCACUAAACUGAAGAAGCAUUCACGGGGAGACAUGGUGGUGGGCGUGACAUCCCUCUCCUUCUCCCACUUCGAGCCUAGCGUCUUUGUCACUGGCACGGAAGGUGGCUUUUUGCUGAAGUGCUCCACUGCAGUUGAGACCAUUGCUCUGCAGAGAGGCUGCUCUUUUGCACUUAAGGCUCCAGCACAAUUUGUCUUCUCCCCACAUGGAGGACCAGUCUAUUCUGUGAGCUGCUCACCUUUCCACAGGAAUCUUUUUUUGAGUGGAGGAACUGAUGGCCACAUCCAUUUGCAUUCCAUGUUACAAGCUCAACCACUUAUUUCUCUUCAGUUAUCAAAGAAAUAUAUUUUCAGUGUGAGGUGGUCUCCAGUACGGCCUUUGGUUUUUGCCGCUGCUUCUGGUGAUGGGGAAGUGCAGCUGUUUGACUUUGGGAAAAGCUCUCAGAAGCCAUCCGUUUCUAUCCAGCAAACGCCUGACCAGACCCCCGUAUACUGUUUAGAGUUCAACAGCAGACAGACCCAGCUUCUCGCUGCUGGAGAUGGCCGCGGCACGGUGAAAAUAUGGCAGUUAAGUUCAGAUUUCACAGCAGUAGGACCACGCGAAAUGAAUCACCUGGACCAGUUGGCAAACGAGAUCACAGAUUAACAAGGACACUAAUAAAAGACCCUUAAAUAUCUAUAUAAGGUGCUGCAUAUUGUUCAGGCUACUUAUAUUGCUUGAUGGAGACAUGACCACCAGCUGAGUGGGGGCUGGGAGAAGAAUGCAUUUUCCUCAGUCGAGAGGAGCAAACUUUUUAGGGCAUCAUUAACCAGCC